UAUACAAGGCUGUCCAUCCACCCACCCAUCUUACCAAUCCACCCACCUCUCCUUCCAAGUGCACACCAUUAUAGAACAUUAUCAUUCAGUCUGUCUGGCUGCACUCUGCCAGCGGCCUUGUGCUGCCCAGCAUCCUCCCCUGAUCUCCCUCGAUCCCUCUACUAAAGACCUGGAACACAGAGUCCUCUCUCCUGAGUCCAUGUGGACCAUCUGUGCCUCAGACAGGAUGGGAGAGCCGAGCCGAGCCGCUGCCUACAUGCAGGAUGUCCAGGGUGGCUGA